CUGAACCGUUGAAUUCAACAAAACAAAAAUUAAAAACCAUCAACACCACACCGCCCACCAAUUUUUCAUUUCCUUAGUGUCUGAGGUUUCUUACAGAUUUUCCCAAUUUUCCACAUAAUUCCUACAUUUGGAUUGGAAAACCAAAUCCCAAGAAAAGUAAAUUCCAAAACCAUCCAUUUAAAGCACACAGCCUAUUUAUUACCAUCAACUAAUUUUACUCUUCAAAAACUCACACACACACAGAGAAAGACAGAGACCCACUUUUGCGUUCAUUCCAUUUUCCUCAAAAGUAACGGCACCGAGAUCAUAUUCACAGGAAAACUAUUUCUGGGAUUUUCUUUCCGUUUUCUCGGUAACCAAACAGAGGGGUGGGGUGCGCUCUAGAAUUUUGAGAUUUUUUAUUUUUUUUCCAGAUGGGGAAGAAAGCAGAGAUUGAAACCAAGGCCCGUGGAAAGCGAUGGAGAUUAAUGGCGGUGUUUGGAACUCUCGUCGUUCUCUUUGUUGCUAUGGCUGUUGUCUCUUCCAAAGACUCUACCAGAUUGUCUCUCUUUCGACAAACGCCUUGUCGCUGCGCCAAGUAUACUGGGAUUGUUGAGGAUUGUUGUUGUGAUUACGAGACCGUGGACCGACUUAAUGAGGAAGUGUUGCAUCCAUCGCUCCAAGAGCUUGUUAAAACCCCGUUCUUCCGGUAUUUCAAGGUUAAGUUGUGGUGUGACUGUCCUUUCUGGCCUGAUGAUGGUAUGUGCCGUCUGCGGGAUUGCAGUGUUUGUGAAUGCCCAGAAAGUGAGUUCCCUGAAUUAUUUAAGGAGCCCCGUAAUGUCCUCUCACCAGAUGAUCCUAUCUGUCAAGAAGGGAAGCCACAGGCAGCCGUGGAUCGUACAAUAGAUAGUAAAGCUUUCAGAGGCUGGACAGAAACAGACAAUCCCUGGACAAAUGAUGACGAAACUGAUAAUUCUGAGAUGACAUAUGUUAACCUACAACUCAAUCCUGAACGCUAUACCGGUUACACUGGUCCAUCUGCUAGAAGGAUUUGGGAUUCUGUCUAUAGUGAGAACUGCCCCAAAUAUCCGUCUGAAGAGUUAUGCCAAGAGGAAAAAAUUUUGUACAAACUGAUAUCUGGUCUUCACUCCUCAAUUUCAAUUCAUAUAGCUGCUGAUUAUCUAAUCGAUGAAGCUACAAACUUGUGGGGUCAAAAUCUCUCAUUGAUGUAUGAUAGGGUCCUAAGAUAUCCAGAUCGUGUCAGAAACUUGUACUUCACAUAUCUCUUUGUUCUCCGAGCUGUGACAAAGGCAGCAGAUUAUUUGGAACAUGCUGAAUAUGAUACUGCUAACCCUACUGAGGACUUGAAGACACAGUCCUUGAUAAGACAGCUACUUUUUAAUCCCAAAUUGCAAGCUGCAUGCCCAGUCCCAUUUGACGAAGCUAAGUUGUGGAAAGGCCAACGUGGACCUGAACUAAAGCAGGAAAUACAAAAGCAAUUCAGAAACAUAAGUGCAAUAAUGGACUGUGUAGGAUGCGAGAAGUGUCGUCUUUGGGGAAAGCUUCAGGUCCUUGGGCUGGGUACUGCAUUGAAAAUCCUCUUCUCUGUUGAUGGCCGGGAACACUUGCUUCAGAAUCUGCAAUUGCAACGGAAUGAAGUGAUUGCAUUGAUGAACCUACUGAAUCGACUGUCAGAGUCUGUCAAGUUUGUCCAUGAAAUGGGACCUUCAGCUGAAAUGAUUAUGGAGGGGCAGAUUUCUUCACCCAGUUCCCCGAGUAGAUUAUGGGAAAUGAUAAGGACAUUCAUAGUUUAAAAAACCGAGGUAAGUAAUCAGUGAAUUUAGUUUGAAACAGCUAUACAUUACGUCAAAAGGAAUAGGUUAUAGGAAAGUGCAGUGUGGGUUUAAGAGAGAAUGGCCCCAUGGAAAGAGGAUAUGAUAGCAAGUGUAAAAAAACCAUUUCAAGACCCUUUGAGGUGGUAAAUUUGUAAUUUUCCGGAUUUGAAAAUUUUGGAAGUUCAAGAGCAUAAUAGUUCUGCAUUUUCUUCAA